UUACUUAGUUUACAUAUCUAAUCUGUGGGGGGUGCAUCAUUAAGAUCUUCAAGUAUACUUAAAAAAUAUGAUACAUAUUGGACGUUCUUGUACAAUAGAAUUAUUAUCAGAAUGUGUGAUAAUCCUCUACUCCAAUAUCACAUUAUUUUCGUUAGUUGAAUCCUUCACUUAUUGGAGAUACUCUCACCUGUUGAUGGUAAGUGUGAUAAGUAUUAUUUCUGGAAUGCUCAUGUGUCCCGUUAAGGUAACGAAAAUCGCACCCAAUAUGCGACAUCUUUUGUCUCACAAUUUUGCGACCUGGGGAAAUUUUCAGAAAGGACAAGUGGAGUUUAAUAGUACAUAUAGCAAACCAAUUACCAGGCAAUGACGAUAACUUUGAACUAUACAGAUGGAGAGAUUGUAUCUUCUCCAACGGUUAUAAUUAAUGGUAAAACUUCCACUGGUAUAGAUCACGGAAUUAUCUCAUUUACUAAUAAUAGUAAUAAAGUAUUCCCUCCGCAAUUUGCAGAAAUAAGUACCCAUGGGAACUUUAAAGCCAUUGUUCAUGUAUCACCCGAUGAAAUUAAUGAAUUUAAGAUUGAAGUGGCUUCCAAUGGAUAUAUUAAUCCCUUAGGAUUUGCAGAAUAUAAAGGAGAUAAUGCUCAAAUUAUAGAUCAUGGAUCAUUAAAAUUAACAUUUAAACCUUUAAAUAAUAAACCUGUUCAUUUAUGUUUAAUAGUUGGUAAAGAUUCUCCAGGAACUUUCGAUAUGCCUAAAUACAAAUUGAAUAGAGGUGAAACAAAUGAUUUGGAUUCAGCUAUUAGAAGAUUAAAAGUAGGUGGAAGAUUAAUGCAAGCAUUUACUCAGGAUGAAUUUAGAAAUGUAGGACUUAGUAAUCGAUCAUUUCAAUUUACUGAAGAAAUUCAAGAUUUUCAAGGUAUUUAUGGAUAUAAUGUUUCAUCUCCUACCCCACAUCAAGAAAUUAAAAUUCAUGUUUUAAGAUCUCCAAAGACAGUAGCUGAACUUCGAGAUCCUAAUAUUGCCCAACAAAAUCCUCAUGCUACAGAUAAUGGUGGAUUAUUCUCUCAUGCUUUGGAUUUAAUUAAAAGUACUCCAGAAUUAUUUAAUAAAUUUAAACAAAAUGGUACUGCUAUUCAAUGUGCUUGUAUGUAUCUUGAUUCUACUUGGGAUAUUUCAAAUAAAUUAAUAUUGACUCAUGCAGCACUUGGUGGUGGAAUUGAUGAGAUUAAAUUAGCAAUUUUUGGAUCUCAUGGUUUACAUUCAUGGCCUAUUAGUUUUCCUAGAGUUAUUCCAAGUUUCUUGGAUGCUACACAUUUAUCAAUAAAUGAAGUUGCUAAUGAUUGUAAUCAAUGUGGUACUAGUUGGGAAUGUUUAAAUAUUACACUUGGAGCCUUUAUGCAUGAAAUUGGACAUCUUUUUGGAAGUCCUCAUCAAGUAGAUGGGGUCAUGUUAAGAGAUUAUAUGUGGCUUAAUAGAUCAUUUAUGACAAGAGAACUUGAAUGUCUUAGAACCAAUUCUCGUGGUGCACAUGUAGAUCCUGCUGGUCAAUGGCCAAAAGUUUGUCAUUGGAAUUUAUUAGAUUUAAUUCGUUAUUUACAUCAUGAUUCAUUUGCUUUACCCAUUGACUCUUUUGGGAAAGUAUAUGCAACUACACAAGCUCCUAAUAAUAGUUAUGUUGAUAAUAAGAAUCCUUCCCUGUAUACACUUCCUGAUGGUGGAGCAGUAAUUAAAUCAGAUUCAGGAAUUUUCUUAGUAGAAUAUAUAACUGAUGAUUUAGCAAGAGCUUCACAAAUUUUUUAUCCUCAAACAUAUGGAGGACCAGGAUUUCAACAUGAAAUAAGUAUUGAUUUUAAUUCAAGUUAUAAUUUCGUCAAACAAAAGACACCUAAUGCUAAGGAUGAUUUUUCUGUUAGAAUCUUAUCACUUGGAGGAGAUUUAUUCAUAGAUAAUUUCAAAGCUCAUUGUGAUCUGGCAAAAGGUGAUAUAAUUGAGAGUGAUUUUGGAUUAAAUAGAGGCAAAAUUAAAGGUUAUAAAAGUGCCUUAUUAGGUCGUAAAAAUAAUAGUAGUCAACGAGUGAUUGGAUUUGAUAUUAAAACUAUUUACAAGAUAAGAAUAUAUCAUGGAAAUGCAUUAGAUGGUGUUAGAUUUUAUUUCAAACAACCUUCGAAUCCUCAAGCACCUCCAAAAGUUCCACCUAGAAAUUAUUUAAGUGGUUUAAAGAAUCUUGUUCUGAAUAAUUCUCUGAGUGGUGAUGAUAAAGUAGUUACAUUAGGUAAUGAAAGACCGCAUUAUUCUGAUUUCACAUUAAAUCCUGGAGAAGAAAUAAAUAAAUUUCAUUUUAGAAAUGGUGCGUGGAUAGAUGCAAUACAAUUUGAAACCAAUACUGGUAGAAUCUCACCAACUUAUGGUAAAGUUGGUGGAGGUCACCUUUCGACAUUAGAAGUUCCAAACAAACAAUUCACCAUUGUUGGAAUGUAUGGAUUUGUUGGUAGUUGGAUGGAUGGUAUUGGAAUUGUUUAUACUCAUAACUUAUAGAGAAAAGUAAAAGUU